AUGGGCUCGAGUCUGCUCGGCAGCAUCGACCAUCGGCUGCCCAAUGAGCUGACCCUCGCCGUCGUCCAGCAACUCGCCAAUGAUAACCGCACAUUAUGUACCCUCGCGCAGACCUGUCGCGGGCUCCAGCGGCUCACCGAAGAGCACAUCUACAAAAACAUCAAGCUGCGAUCCGUCAGGGACCUCCAGCGCAUCAUUUCUGCCUUCGUUGCCCGCCAUGAGCGAGUCCGCGCCGUGCACACACUCAAGAUCCUGUACCGAUGGACCGACCACCUGCAAGUGAGCCUGGAGCGGCGCAAGGCCUUCAACGAGUGCGUUGCCCAGAUGGUGAACCUACGCGAAUGGCAUAUCGAGAGCCCAUACGACAACUUCAAGUGGGAAAAGGGCGGCCACGAGUGGGUCGAGGGCGACAUGGAGCGCUUCAGGCAGGCGUUGGAGAAGGCGUGCGUCGACGGCGCGCAGGAGAAGGAACGCUUCGCGCAGGAUCGGAGCCUGUACAGGACCAUGCAGCGGACAGUGGGGCUGGCGCAGCUGGAGUCGCUUACGAUACACUCGCACGGCGCGCAUGCCGACUUUUGGGAGCUGGAUGGCUUCCACUGCCUCUUCCGCCAUCCUAGUCUGCGCUACCUGCACGUUUCUUGUGUGACGUUUCCAACGACUUUGGAGGUGCUCGGGCCGCACCAGAGGACCACACCGCUCACGACCCUCAUCUUCGACGAGUGCAAUCUGGAGACCACCAGCCUGCAGCAAAUCUUGAGCACACCUGAGAAGCUCAGGCGUCUUACGAUCGGAGAGAACGUCUUCAACAUCGACCGAAGCGUCGAGUUGUCGCCGAAGCUAUCUCCGCACCCCCUUGAGGCACUUCAGGCUCUCGCGCCUGUCGCGCACUCGCUUGAGACGCUGGUCCAUCUGGAUUCGAAAUGGCGGCUCAACCCAGAGAAUCACCACAUCGCUCGUCAACGCAUCACAGGCGACGGCAUGCGCCAGUUCCACUCGCUGAAAACGCUCGAGUGCGAUACAGGCUCCUUUCUGCAUGAGGCGAUCGUUAUGAACCACGACCUUUGUCCACCCAACCUCGCUACACUGGUCGUGCGGCGCCAUUUCCUCGUCGCCGAGAAUUUCUUCGACUACCUCCCAGAUGUGGGAAUCUACGCUACUCUUCCAUCGCUCGACACUCUCGAGCUCAAGCAGUCCGCCGCCUCGUUCAACAACGUGUCAACCGCCGAAUACAUCUGCGAGCCUGACCGCCUGCGCAAUCGACAUGCGUACGGCUACGCCCUAUUCAAGAGCGAUAUCAACUUCAAAGUCAGUAUCGAGCUUGGUCGCGGCUCCUCGCUCAUCCCGCCCUACCUGCAUGGCGAGCCAGUUCCAGAAGUCCGCUGCUUGUACGACGCCUCCCACGUCGGCUUCAGACGGCGCAUCAACAAUGACCCUAUGCCUACAGAAUCGGCCCCCACCUCCACGGACCCCAACCUGCCUGAAACCGACCAGCUCUCCUCCGUCGACAUCGCCCGUCUUACAAACGAAUGCGCACGCCUUCUCGACCGGAUGAAGGAGCGCUUCACGCGCGGCUGGGGCCUGAAUCGCGUAGGCGAUCCCGACGAUCCCGACAUCGACUUGCCGCUCUCAGACCUCGACGACGAUUUCGAAGGCACCGACGAAGAGACGGACAGCGAUUUCGAAGCCAUGAUUGCUGACUUGCAGAAUGACGGCGACGAAGACGCGUUUCUGCAGUUUAUUGAGCAUAUGCAAGAACAGGGCAUAGUAAUCCAAAUGGGCAGUGACGAUGAAGAGGACGGAAAUGCCGAUGAUGAAGACUUUGUGGACGCAGAAGAGGAGAUCGAUACGGAUUGGGAGGACGCGGAAGAUGAUCUGGAGGAACAUGACACUGACCAUAAUUGA